AUGCAGAUUUUCAUGAAGGCCGUCACUCUCAAGGUUGAACCUUCAGAUACAAUAGAAAAUGUAAAGGCCAAGAUUCAGGAUAAAGAAGGAAUCCCUCCUGACCAGCAAAGACUGAUCUUUGCUGGCAAGCAACUGGAGGAUGGCCAUACUUUGUCUGACUACAACAUUCAAAAGGAGUCCACGGUCCAUUCUUCAUCUGUGUGGAGACUUCGUGGUGGUGCUAAGAAAAGGAAGAAGUCUUACACCGCUCCCAAGAAGAACAAGCAUAAGAGAAAGAAGGCUAAGCUAUCUGUCUUGGAAUACUGUAAGGUGGAUGAAAAUGGCAAAAUCAGUCGCCUGCGUCAGGAGUGCCCUUCAGAUGAAUGUGGUGCUGGAGUUUCCAAAGCCAGCCACUUUGACAGACACUGUUGUGGCAAAUGUUGUCUGAUCUAUUGUUUCAAGAAACCAAAAGACAAGUAA